AUGAUGAUAUAUAGGAAAAUCAAGAAUCCACAUGGUAAGUCUCAAAAAGCUGCUGAGGAUUUCUUGAAUGAAUUGCUUCUAAGUGAUGUGAGAUUGGACCCUGAUUCAAUUUAUGGUGAAGCUCAACAAACCAAUUUGGAAUACCUGUUGAUGUUGGAUGUUGAUAGAUUGAUUUGGAGCUUUAGGAACACUGCUGGUUUGCCAACCAUUGGUACACACUAUGGAGGUUGGGAGUCCAAAGAUGAAGAGCUUCGUGGGCAUUACUCGAGUGCCUCUGCUCAAAUGUGGGCUAGCAUUGGAAACAAUACUCUUAAAGAGAAGAUGACUGCAGUGAUAAUGGCUAGUCUAGUGGAUCAGUAUCUUCUGGCUUGGAAUAGUCUAGCUCUAAAAAUGGUGACACACAUGGCUGAUUAUUUUGGUAAACGUGUGCAGAAUGUGCUCACACGAUACACUAUUGAAAGACAUUGGCUAUCGUUGAAUGAUGUCCUUUACACACUAUACACUAUCACAGCUGAUGACAUAUCUGGUUAUCAUGCAAAUAUUCAUAUUCCAAUUGUUAUUGGAGCUCAAAAACGGUAUGAAGUUACUGGUGAUCCUUUGUACAAGGAAAUUGGGAUAUUUUUCAUGGAUAUCGUGAAGGCUUCCCACAUGUCAGAAUCAAAAAGACUUGCAAGCACGCUACAGAUAGAGAAUGAAGAAUCUUGUACCACGUAUAACAUGCUAAAGCUCCUGGAGCAUCUAAAGCUACUGGAUUCCGUAAAUGGGGAUCACCCUUUAAUGAUUUCUGGUGCUGUUAUGGAACAGGGAUUGAAUCAUUUUCGAAAAUGGGCGAUUCAAUAUACUUUGAAGAAGUGGCAACAUCAUCCGGUACAUAUCAAGCUCACUUGAAAUCAGGGCGGCUUUUUCUUGCACAGAAAGUUGAGCGUGUUGUUGUGUUGUGUCAUGGGAUCCUCACCUUCGAGUCACAGUGACCAUUUCCUCAAAGAAGGUAGUAAGCAAGGAGCUUCAUCCACCUUAAAUUUUAGAAUACCGUAUUGGACAACUUCAAAUUCAAAAGCAACACUUAAUGGCCGGGCUAUUCCUAUAACGACUCCAGUUUCAGAACAAUGGAGCUCAAAUGACAAAAUUAACCUUGAUCUCCCGAUAACUCGUAGGAUGGAAACAAUUCAAGUUUCAGGGUACCAUUUUUAAAAAUCUCAUUUGAUAAAAUAUGUUUCUAUUGGCACACAUUUGACAAUUCACUAAAAAUAAAUAAGUGUAAGAUAUAAAUUCAUGACUUUUAAGUUAUUUUGAACAAGUCCAUUAGAAGGGGUGGCCCCAUGUCCCCACCUGCCCCUCGAAAAAAGUUUCGUAGA